AAGUGUGUCGCCCGAGCAAGGCUUGCCUGUAACACUGAGUCAAAAUGGCCGCGGAGGCAAAGCCAAGAGGAUUUAACAGAAGAGGAGCUUUAAAAAAGAAACAUGUAUUUAAAGUUAGAGAUCACCAAUUUAUAGCCAAAUACUUUAAGCAGCCGACGUUUUGUGCGCAUUGCAAGGAUUUUAUUUGGGGUCUAUUCGAUGCUCAGGGAUAUAAAUGUACAGUCUGUUCGUUCGUUGUACACAAGAGAUGCCAUGAAUUCGUAACCUUCAAGUGUCCAGGGGCUGAAGAAAUCGAAAAGAACCCCGUGUCCUCUCCACAUAACUUUGGACCUCAUACUUAUAAAAGUCCAUGUUUCUGUGACCAUUGCGGGUCGCUUCUGUAUGGAGUCUACCAUCAAGGUCUCAAAUGCACAGCAUGUGAUAUGAACGUUCAUAAAAAAUGUGAAAAGGCCGUUCCUAAACUGUGCGGAGCGGACCACACCGAACGAAGAGGGAGAAUCCAUCUGAAAAUCUCCUAUGAAUGUCACUCAACUCAUUCGAUGGAAGAAAGGGGGAUUAUGCGAGUUGAAGUACGAGAGGCUCGUAACCUCAUGCCCAUGGACCCUAACGGGCUGUCAGACCCAUACGUGAAAGUCAAGCUUCUACCUGACCCCGAUAAUACGAGCAAGAAGAAGACAAAGAUAUUCAAGGAGUCACUCAGUCCAGUUUUCAACGAGACCUUCGAAUUUAAAAUCCAAAAUAAAGACAAGGACCGCCGGUUGUCCAUAGAGGUCUGGGACUGGGACAGAACGACGCGGAAUGAUUUUAUGGGAUCCCUGUCUUUCGGCGUGUCCGAGCUUCAGAAAAAUGGGGUCGAAGGCUGGUUUAAGCUCCUGAGCCAGGAAGAGGGCGAAUAUUACAACAUUCCAAUCGACGAUGCCGUUUCCGAGCUGAGGAAGAAACAAGAAGUUAACAUGAUAUUUCAACAAAAGCGAGAGGAAGAGGAGAGGAAAUGUCGUCAGAAACUGGAGCAAUCAUUAUCCGAUCCGAACGCCAAGAAGUUCCGUCCCGAAGACUUCCACUUUUUGAAAGUGUUGGGAAAAGGCAGCUUUGGCAAGGUCAUGCUGGCUGAGCGUAAAGGUACCGACCAAGUGUACGCCAUCAAAGUUCUCAAGAAGGAUGUCAUUGUUCAGGAUGACGAUGUAGAGUGUACCAUGACGGAGAAGCGUGUGCUUGCCGUGCCAGGAAAGCCACCAUUCCUCACUCAGCUCUUCUGCUGCUUCCAUUCAGUGGACCGGCUGUACUUUGUGAUGGAAUUUGUAAAUGGCGGAGAUCUGAUGUUCCACAUCCAGCAGGCUGGACGCUUCAAAGAGCCACAGGCGGUUUUCUACGCGGCUGAGAUUGUAAUUGGGCUGGUGUUUCUUCACAAGCGCGGAAUUGUGUAUCGUGAUCUCAAGCUGGAUAAUGUGAUGUUAGACAGUGAUGGCCACAUCAAGAUCGCUGAUUUCGGAAUGUGCAAAGAAAGCAUGUUCAACAACCAGACGACUCGGACUUUCUGUGGGACUCCGGACUACAUCGCGCCAGAGAUCGUGGCAUAUCAGCCAUACGGGUUCUCCGUUGAUUGGUGGGCGCUUGGCGUGCUUAUCUACGAGAUGCUGGCUGGCCAGCCGCCUUUUGAUGGGGACGACGAAGACGAGUUGUUUAACGCGAUUUUGGAACAGAGCGUCUCCUACCCCAAGUCCAUGUCUAAGGAGGCGGUCUCCAUCAUCAAAGGGUUCCUCACCAAGCACCCCGCCCUGCGCCUCGGCUGCAGUGAUAACGGCGAGCAGGAAAUCCGCGAUCAUCUGUUCUUCCGUCACAUUGACUGGCUCAAGAUCUCGUUACGCGAGGUCCAGCCCCCGUUCAAGCCUAGAAUCAAAUCCAAGCGUUCGUUCGACAAUUUCGACCCAGAGUUCACGGAUGAGGCGGCCAGACUCACGCCUUGCGACAAGUCAUUCAUCGCCAACAUCAACCAAAAGGAAUUCGACGGCUUCUCAUUCGUCAACCCCGAAUUCGACGAGGAACGGUGCGAACACUCCGAGGUCAAUCUGUAAAAAGGCGACUCGUUGUUGCCCUUAGGGAUACCAUAUGUUGUACCCAUAAGAGGAAAUAAUAUUCAUAGUCAGGUGAAGUUAUCGUAGCUCUCCUUGAAUUUUUCAGGUUUGUUAUUCGUUGCACAUAGAGAAUAGUACAUGUAACUAAAGAUCUAAUGUAGACACAGUUAACUCCUGUGCUUAGUACUGGAAAAAUCUCGAAAUUACUUCCAUUUUCAUUGGAAUAAUAUGUCAGACGUUAGAUGGAUGUUAGAGGACCGUAUAUCAGAAUUUGAAGCACAGAUUAGCAAGUAUAUUAUUAAAUUGUACAAUAUUCAA